CCAUUAAUGGCGAACCAAAGCAAGCAAGGAGAUCUGUGAAGAUUGAGCAGAUAACUACGAAGUGAGCAAUGGGGAAGAUAAUCGGUCGUCUCCCUCCUCGAAACCCGGCGGUGACGCCAAGCAACACUCAGCCACUAUCGCCUCCACCCACCAAUCUCACAUAUACACCAUCGUCGUCCACUGCAUCAACGGUGGUUUCUUCUUCCCCUUCUUAUUUGACAGUCAGAAUGGGCUCAUCAAUGGCGACUCUUGCAUCGUCGGAGUUUUCCCCCUCUUCCACUUCAGAUUCGUUGAGUGCGAACCCAGAUAUGGACGAAAGCACCGAAGAAUGCUAUGGAGAGAUUCCAUGCCGAGAGACUUCUCCCCUGACUGUACUGAGAAUGGAGGCCACGCAACUCCAAGUACAUGAGAAUGGAGGCCACGCAGAUCUCCAGCAAGUCGCUGAGAGUGGUUCUCCCACCGUCUCGAUCUAGUAAGUCGGAGAAACCAGCUCCCAUCAAAGGUGAUUAUAGAUCUGAUCUAGUAAGUUGAAAAUUUUAAGAGUGACCCGAGUUGGUCCGAUCGGCAGGGGGUGGGCAGGGCAGAAAGGUGAUUAUAGAUCCGGGAAGGAAUGGUAAAUUCGGGCGGUUUAAAAGAAAGAAUUCAGGGGUUU